GGAUGAAUGUGAUAGACUAAGGAGGCGAGGAGAGAACACGGCCUUCACCAAUCAUGUGCAGUUACUAGGCGGGACUGAGAACGCAUUCGACCAAUUACUGCCAUCCCACCUGACGACCGUCAAUCAGCUGAGUUCUUUUCCCGUUGUUUCUACAGUAGCCAGAGUUCUGUGGUCGUGCCUGUGUACAGACGCGGACGGUCGCGUAGUUUUGCGUAGAAUAAUGUUCAGACUUUGGACUAACGUUAGAUGCUCAGCGCGGAGUUAGCGACCUAUUCAAACACGCGAUCUUUUCUAUCGGUCAGAAGAAUGUAGCGACCGUUCGUGGAUCUCGGGUUAAAUUAUUUUAGUUUAAUUUAAACUGUGUCCGUACUUCACCAAGUACGAACUAGCUAACUGGCUAAUUCACUGCGCAUCUCCGUCAUUUUAGCCGCUGAGGCUAGCAGCGUGCGUUCGUGUCUAGUGAGUAACGUUAGUUGGUUUUGAAUAAACGCUAACAAAGAAGCAACUGGUUGAACCAAACAUAAUGGUAUGGGUCAACGGGAUAUCACUCAGUUCGAAGCGUCCAUGAAAAGAAGAAAAAACGGAAUUUCUGCCGUCUCGAUGUGUCGAGUGGAUGUGGAGUCCGCUGUUGUGAAGAAGGAAGUUGAGCCCGACGGAGGAGAUGGUGCCCUUUCUUCGUCAAGGUACACAUUGGGCCGGGGCGUGAAACGUAAGGUGUGUUCGUGUGAGGACCUGGUCCUGCCGUAUCCUCAGCAGAGGCAGCUUGUGCUGGACUUAUGUCUGGACAAGCUACAAAACUGCCAGCAGCGGGCAGAACCCAGCCUGCAUCGUUCGGUUCUGCUGGCCAACACCCUCCGCCAGAUUCAGCAGGAGAUGAGACAGGAGGGGGAAACGUGUUUGCCACCAGCCCCACUCGGCCCCUCGCUCCCUCAUGCCUCCACCCCACGUCAUUUCCCUGACUUGCCACCUGUGCCCUUAGACUGUCCUCCACCCCUAACCGUAGCACUGUCCCCUUCAUUUCCCCUCACCACCGCAUCAGAGGACGUCCAGCUAGGUGGUGCCGAAAACGAGACCGUUUUACCGUCCCUCUCAGCUGAGGAGGAUGCAAGAUCGUCGGAUAUGCUCUUCGGCUCAUUCGAGAUUACGAAUUCCACCAGCUACUUGACUGACUUGCCACUGGACGACAUCUUUGAGGACAUCGACACAUCAAUGUAUGACUCCUCUGACAAUUCUGUUCUGCCGUUUCCUGCACAGAGAAGCGGCGGGGGGGACGAUGGCUUCAAGAAUGUUUCUUGCUGCACCUCCAACGGCAGCCUACAGCUCUGUCUCUCAGACCUCAAUGACCUGGACCACAUCAUGGAGAUCUUGGUGAGCUCCUGAACCUCUUGCACCGCAGGGUCCUCACUCAGACAGCCAUCCCGAUGUUUUCUAUGGGAAGUAAUACCAUGUUUUUUUAAACAAAUGUUUGAUCUAUUUUUAUACAAAGGACUGAUAUAUUUAUCUAAGAAACUGCCUGACACACUCUCACUGUAGGAUAAAUGCACAUUUUUAAGACUUUUCGGAUGUCGAGCUUACGCCGCCAUCUUUCAUAUUUAAGCAAACUAAGAUGAAUAUGCAGGGACUUCAGAAACAAAAGUAUUACUCUUGAUGCUUUUAUUUAUAUCGGAACAUGACUCGCGAGAUGUGUUCGAGAGGAAAUGGAGAAAUAACGGAUCGCGACGGACGCUUUGUAGCUUUUGAUGAGAUAAAUGACAUUUAUUUUUUGUGAACUGAUCUCCACUGUAUUCUAAAGCAUUACAUUUACUGUCAGUAAUUAUGAUUAUCAUGUCAUGCACAUGCAGCACCCACACUACCUCUUCAAGAUACCAAGAGCUCUUUCUAUACAAAGACUGUCAUUGUUACAACUGUCUUUUAAUAGAUUCUUCUCAAUAACUUUCAAAACAUGGUGAUUGUUUUAAAUAGGACUCUCUGUUCACAGGAGAGCCUGUCCUUAAAUGGUAGGAUUCAGUCCAAAGCUAUGGCUGUAGAAGUUGGCAGAAAUUUCUUCUAAGCCUUUCCGGCACUUUUCUGAAUCAUUUGGUAUCAGAAUCGGCUGUCGCUUGCGUAUAAAGUGAUAUAUAUUUUAUAAUCACUUGCUGGACUUUAAAGUUAUUUCUACUUUUCACGUACACGAUUGUCAGACACGGGCAUCCUCGAAUCCCUCGUACGAUAGUGCCUACAGUGGAGAAUGAAGACUGCCGACGAUGAACGACACACUCUGUGGACCCGCAUACAGACUUGCAUGAGUUUCUCACUCGCAUAAUGCUUUCUGCGUGGGUUGUUUGCCGCUUUUCAAACAUUUAGCAUGAAUGUGCGGUUUCCUCUAAAGAAGCCAUUACCCAAAUGUGGGUCCACAUCUCCUUUCCUACUAUCCUUCAUUCGUGUGAUCUAGACUGCGUAAGGUUUAUUGUGGAUGUCUGCCACUUGUGGUCUUGAAGACCGUUUCUGAAUGUCCGAGCUUAUACCCUUUGCUACGGGGGUCCAAACCGAUGUCUACUCUUUCCUUUAUAUCAAUCUUUAGGUGUGUUUAAGCCAUCUCAGUCAUUAGUUCACAUGAUAGAAGUUUGUUAAAUGGUUAAAUGGUUUAUCUCACUGUGUGACUCGUGUGUCUACAGAUUGAACAACAUCAAGGAGACUGUGGUUGCGGAAAGUGAGUUUAGAGCCACAUGCUGCAGACUGCAUUAAGACAGGGGGAAGGGAAAGAACAAGAGACAGAGAUUAAGGGGGGUGGAUCGGGGUUAAAGCGAACAGCUUCUGUCACGUGGAGAUCCUUGCUAGCGCUAAAGGCUACGUUGAGAGUUUGACAACAGCUGGUAUGUGUAUGCUCGCAUUGGUGUGCAUGUUGGGUAUAAGCUCCGCCCCCGGUGGGGCCUUGAGGGGCACCAUUCUCCCCCCAGCCAAUCACUUUGAGCAAAGGGGAGGGGCUUUGUUCUCUGUCUGGUUAAUGUGGAAUAGGGCAACAAAUCAAGCGGUUCAAAUCAAAAUAUUUGAAUAUGACGAAAUGUCUUUCCUGCCUAAGUUUUAACUGUCUUAAUCAUUACUGUUUGUACGGCUGUAAACAAAAUACUACAGAUUCAAGUCACAAGUUAAUUGAGUUAAAUUAAGACAUUCCAACUAAAUUAAAAAGCAACAUUUUGACAACAUUUCCUAUAGAGUAAAGAACUGUGCUUUCAGCACUUGCUUUAUAUGAAGUUGUCAGCAUAGAAGACGUUGCCCCCCUUAAACCUCAGAGAUGCCCAACCCUGCCUUUUCACAAGACGUGCACAGCCACAAAGAAACCCAAUGCUCACUAAGUUUACACUCAGAUUUUAUAAAACAUGCUUGGCAGUCUCUGGUGACAUCAUCAGCACUUCAGUAGUCUGUUUUUAAUGCUGAGAGCUGUGUAUGUAAUGAGUGUGUGGCUUUCUAAGCUUUGUAAGCUUGAAACGUUUGUUUUCUUUUGUUUGUGUGUAUUGUAUGUA